UUGCUGCAUGCAGCCCCGGUGUGAGGAGUGCGCUUAGAGGGACUCGAGAUGAAGCACUCAACUUUGUUUGCUCUUUCCAUCACUUUAAUCACGACAGUUUUCGCAGCUAAAUCCCCAUACCAAGCCGUUCUUCAGCACAGCAAAAUAAGAGGAAGACCUCAUGGCCCAAAUGUCUGUGCUAUGCAGAAGAUUCGAGACACGGAUAAGAAGUACUUCACCAACUGCAAGCAAUGGUAUCACCGCAAAAUAUGCGGCAAACCAACGGUGAUAAGCUAUGAGUGCUGCCCUGGCUAUGAGAAGGUUAUUGGAGAAAAGGGUUGUCCAGCAGCUCUACCUCUGGUGAACAUCUAUAAAACCCUGGGUAUGGUUGGAGCCACUACUACUAAGAUGUACUCCGAGAGAGCUAAUUUACAGGAGGAGAUUGAAGGACCUGGCAGCUUCACAUUCUUUUCCCCCAGCAAUGCAGCUUGGGCUGCACUGCCUGCUGAAAUUCUGGAUGCCCUGGUGAGCAAUGUCAACAUUGAACUCCUCAAUGCUCUGCACUACCACAUGAUCAACAAACGAUUGACUUCUGAUGACCUUAAGCAUGGCACUUCCUUUCCCUCCAUGUAUCAAGACUUUGAUGUUCAUAUCCACCAUUAUGCUAAUGGAAUUGUGACAGUGAAUUGUGCAAGGCUGGUGAAAACAGACCAGCAUGCUACCAAUGGUAUUGUGCAUGUCGUUGACAGAGUAAUCACUGCCAUUACAAACAACGUCAACUCUUUUAUUGACACUAAUGAUGACCUGGAAACUCUACGGACUGCAGUAGCUGCUGCUGGUCUUACUACUAUGUUGGAGAAUGAGGGCUCCUACACAAUCUUUGCUCCAACCAAUGAAGCCUUUGAGAAGAUACCUCCAGAAACACUGAACAGAAUUUUGGGAGACCCUGUUGCUCUUAAAGAUCUGCUGAAUUACCACAUUCUUAAGAACCUGCACUGCUCUGAGUCCAUUGUGGCCGGAACACCUCUGGAGACCUUACAGGGCACCGUGCUGGAAGUUGGCUGUGAUGGUGAAGAUAUGACCAUCAAUGGUAAAGCCAUCAUCAAGGAAAAAGAUAAACUUGGAACCAAUGGCGUUGUUCACUUCAUCAAUGAACUCCUCAUCCCUGACUCAGCCAAGACCCUCCUGGAACUUGCAGAGGGAUCGGUUGUUACUAAAGCCACAAAACUUUUUAUUGAUGCUGGUCUCAGGGAUCAUCUCACUGGCUCUGAGGCUGUGACUUUGUUAGGCCCCCUAAAUGAUGCUUUCAAAGAUAAGAGCAUGACCAUGACAACUGAAAUGAAGAAACUGCUAAGGAACCACAUUCUGAAGGGAAAGCUUUCCUCCAAAAGCCUUUACCAUGGACAGGAGCUGGAGACACUUGGUGGAUUGAAACUUAGAGUGUUUGUGUACAGAAAUAACCUGUGCAUUGAAAAUGCCUGUAUUGCUGCCCAUGACAAAAAUGGACGCUUUGCAACAAUGUUCAUCGUUGAUAAGCUUCUGACACCCCCCAUGGGAACUGUCAUGGAUGUUCUGAAGGCAGAUAAUCGGUUCAGCACCUUGGUUGGCGCCAUUCAGAGAGCAGGCCUGACAGAGCUCUUGAACAAAAAAGGAACCUACACUUUCUUUGCUCCCACCAAUGAUGCUUUCAGUGCAAUGCCCACCGCUGACCGCACCAAACUCAUGAGAGAUCCUAAGGAGCUGGCCAGUGUUCUGAAAUACCACAUUGGUGACGAGUUUCUGGUCAGCGGUGCAGUUACUUCACAUACCAGGAUCAAGCCCCUUGCAGGAGAGAAACUGGAGUUAGGCAUGCGCAACUCUACCAUUUUCGUGAACAGGGUGCCUGUUGUCGAGGGUGAUAUGAUGGCUACUAAUGGAGUUGUACAUGCUGUUGAUGUCAUCAUAAAGCCACUGCCUCCUAAAACUGUGAGUGACCAGGCUGAAGGGUCUUUGACAAUCAGGCGCACCUCUGCUGUUAGGGCUGGCUCUGAGAUUAUGAAAAAUGAUGAUCUAUUUCAGAAGGUUCUGAGAAGUCAGAGCAGCAGAACAAUGUCUUGAAUCCAGUAAAUUUUGUUCUGUGAAGUAAAACUGUAGUUCAUUUUGAGAUCCACCACUUUAAGAGGAUGAAAUCAUACAGUUCAUUGUCUUAUUUUGAGCAGUGGAUAAAUCAUUAGAAGACUAAGGAAAUCCAGUAAAAAAACAAAUGCUCAAGAAACAAUUUCAGAAUUUUCUAAAAGUUUGCAGCUUUCUCAAAUGACAAAGGCCUACAUUUGGAUGUAUGUUUUACAAAAAUUGUAUCACAAAAUAAUGACAGCAGUUCAUAUUUUUGGAAUACUCAUUCAAAUUCUGUUUUGGAAUUAAUGGUGCAUUAACCUUUUUUGUUAAUAUUUUUUAUUUUAUUUCUUUUUUAUUUUAUUUGAUAUUCCUGUAGCAUGUUUUGCAUAGUUUAAGCUGGAAAAAAAUGCUAUUUGGCCACAUAAAAAAUGCAGAUCAAGUCAAGUUUUUGUCUUCAGAUCCAGUUGUCAAAAAUGGCUAUUUUUACAUACUGUACCAAAACAUUUGUGUGAAACCAAAGAUCCCGAUCUGCACAUUUCAUAAUAAAAUGGCCAUAUUUUUGCCACAGAGUUAUAGUAUACAUCUAACUAAUCAGUGCCCUUGAACAUGGUUCGCUGAUUUUGCUAUGUGGUGGAUUGUCAUAAUGUGGUCAUUAAUGUGUGGCAAUAAAAAGUCUCACCCUGAUGAUAAUUUAAGUGUGCUUGCUCAAUU